CCCGGCCACCUUGUGAAGAAAAGCUGACAUCUUAGCUCUGGGAUCUGUGUUUAGUUAAUGACCUGGGAACAGACUGCGUUCAUGGAGCCUCAUCACGUGGUUGAAGACAACCAAGUGGCCCACCCUCAGGACCCUCACCACCCAUCGGAGAAGCCUGUCAUUCACUGCCAUAAAUGUGGGGAGCCAUGCAAGGGGGAAGUACUUCGGGUCCAGACCAAACAUUUCCACAUCAAAUGUUUCACCUGCAAAGUGUGCGGCUGUGACCUGGCACAAGGGGGCUUCUUCAUAAAGAACGGGGAGUAUCUCUGCACCCUGGACUACCAGAGGAUGUAUGGGACACGCUGCCACGGCUGUGGGGAGUUCGUGGAAGGAGAGGUGGUCACUGCCCUGGGCAAGACCUAUCAUCCCAACUGCUUUGCCUGUACCAUCUGCAAACGUCCAUUUCCACCCGGAGACCGAGUCACGUUCAAUGGGAGAGACUGCCUUUGUCAGCUGUGCGCACAGCCAAUGUCGUCCAGCCCUAAAGAAGCCUCCUGCUCCGGCAACUGUGCUGGCUGCGGGAGAGACAUCAAGAAUGGGCAGGCGCUGCUGGCCCUGGACAAGCAGUGGCACCUGGGGUGCUUCAAGUGCAAGUCCUGCGGGAAAGUUCUCACCGGGGAGUACAUCAGCAAGGAUGGCACUCCGUACUGUGAAAAGGACUACCAGGGGCUCUUCGGGGUGAAAUGCGAGGCCUGUCACCAGUUUAUCACAGGGAAAGUCCUGGAGGCAGGUGACAAACAUUACCACCCCAGCUGUGCACGAUGCAGCAGAUGCAACCAGAUGUUCACCGAAGGAGAGGAAAUGUAUCUUCAAGGUUCCACCGUUUGGCAUCCCGACUGUAAGCAAUCUACGAAGACUGAGGAAAAGCUGCGGCUGCCAAACACGCAUCGUUCUUCAUCCGAUUUCUUUUAUCCCAAAAGUCUGGUUCGACGCACAGGACGGUCUCCGUCUCUGCAGCCUACCAGGACUUCCUCUGAAAGCAUUUAUUCUAGACCAAGCUCCAGUAUCCCUGGCUCCCCGGGUCAUACUAUCUAUGCAAAAGUGGACAAUGAAAUCCUGGAUUAUAAGGAUUUAGCAGCCAUCCCCAAGGUCAAGGCAAUUUAUGAUAUUGAACGUCCAGAUCUUAUUACAUAUGAGCCUUUCUACACUUCCGGCUAUGAUGACAAACAGGAGAGGCAGAGCCUGGGAGAGUCUCCAAGGACUUUGUCUCCUACUCCCUCAGCAGAAGGCUACCAGGACUCGAGGGACCGGGUGAUGCACCGGUCCACCAGCCAGGGCUCCAUCAACUCCCCCGUCUACAGCCGCCACAGUUACACUCCAACCACAUCUCGUUCUCCCCAGCACUUUCACAGACCUGAGCUGCUGUCUCCUGGUGUGCAAAGGUCGUCCCACCUGCGCACCAGCAGCCUCAGCUCCGCCCACAGCGACACCCGCCCCAACUCCCCCUUCCGACACCACUUCAUUCCCCAUAUCAAAGGCAAUGAGCCGUCCAGCGGCCGGAACUCCCCUCUCCCUUACCGGCCAGACAGUCGUCCUCUCACUCCAACCUAUGCUCAGGCCCCUAAACAUUUCCAUGUUCCAGAUCAAGGGAUCAACAUUUACCGAAAACCACCCAUCUACAAACAGCAUGAUGCAGCUGCCUUAGCAGCCCAGAGCAAGUCUUCAGAAGAUAUCAUCAAGUUUUCCAAGUUCCCAGCAGCCCAGGCUCCAGACCCCAGCGAGAUACCAAAGAUUGAGACGGACCACUGGCCCGGUCCCCCCUCACUUGCCGCCGUAGGAGCCGACGCGAGACGCAGAUCUGGCAGCAGAGAAGACGACGAGGAGGAGCUGCUGAGGCGACGGCAGCUGCAGGAAGAGCAGCUAAUGAAGCUCAACUCGGGCCUAGGGCAGUUGAUACUGAAAGAGGAGAUGGAAAAGGAGAGCCGGGAGAGGUCGUCCCUGACCGCCAGUCGCUAUGACUCUCCCCUCAAUUCAGCUUCACAUGUUCUAUCAUCUAAAACCUCAUCUCUCCCAGGCUAUGGAAAAAAUGGGCUUCACCGGCCUGUUUCCACAGACUUUGCUCAGUACAACAGCUAUGGGGACAUCAGUGGGGGAGUGCGAGACUACCAGACUCUCCCAGAUGGCCACAUGUCUGGGACGAGAAUGGAUCGAGGGGUGUCCAUGCCCAACAUGUUGGAACCAAAGAUCUUUCCAUAUGAAAUGCUGAUGGUGACCAACAGAGGGCGCAACAAAAUCCUAAGAGACGUGGACAGAACCAGGCUGGAGCGCCACUUAGCCCCAGAAGUAUUUCGGGAAAUCUUUGGAAUGUCCAUACAGGAAUUUGACAAGUUACCUCUUUGGAGACGCAACGACAUGAAGAAGAAAGCGAAACUCUUCUAAGCCCGCGCCCCCCGCCCCCAACCAUGUAGACAAGCAGUUAAGAAAAGGACUGACAUGGCGGCGACACAUAGGAUGUUGUGUUAAGGCCCGAACGUGAUUGGAGAAUUCGAAAACUUUAGACAGAAUUCUGUCCCUCAGCAACAACAGAACCAGAAACCUGACUAAAACACACAUGAGCCAAAUACUGGGCCAGCCACCGGCAACACUUGCCAAGAAGUAAUGGGGUCAGAAUUUCUGUGUUCCCCACACUCGACCAUAGUGUUCACACGUGACCUUCCAACAUCACCUUAUGUACACAACAGGAGCUACUUCUUCCAUUUCCUUUAUCUGUUGUCUAACCAGAGUGCUGACUGUUUGGGUAAGAGCCAGCAAGUGCCCUUAGGAUGCCACAUGGGGAAAAGCAGUCGUAAUCAUUCCGAAGCAGGAAUGCAUUGUGUAGCACCGUGGCUAAGGAGGAAGAGCCUGAGGGAUGUACCUAUGUGGUCGCACCACUUUGCACACCCCUGUCCUCACUGGCCUCAUGAAGCCCGGCCUGGGCCCCAGCGGGAUGGAAAUCAGAGUUGGGGAGCUGGGCGGCUCUGAGUGAGUGGGCUGGAUAGCAGCCGAGGUCAUUUUUAAUAAGCUCCUUUUUCUCUACUUUUUGCUAGGACCUGGUUGGCAAAUUACUUAGCUAUUACUAAAAAAAAAAAAAAGAAAAAAUUAAUAAAUAAGAGAAAGAGAGGGAAAAGGAAUGAUUAGCCCUUAAUUCUUUUUCUGCUUCAGAUUGUACGUUUCCCUCUGCCUCCCCACCAAGGACAGGUGCUAUCGCAGGCCCCCACUGCAAAGAAAGGAAAGGGAGAGAUGAUCUCCAGUUGUGUGCUGUUGGAUGAUUUUUGACCCAGGGCCACAACACUCUUGGCAAAAAAAAAAAAA